GUUCAAGUUCAAAGUAUAUGUAAACAUGGCAACAUUCAAGAGCCUCAAAAAACAUGGGGCGCACCAACAUUGUUAUCCACUUUUCUACACUCUAUACAGUCCUUGCAUUAUAGGGAUUUGAUCAGGUGGUUCUAAGCUCACCUAAAGCUUACUCGUUGUAUGUAUCAGAAGUUAAUUGGCUAUGGAUGCAAGUCAAAUUCAAAAGAGAAGAAGGAAUGAUAAAAAAUAUAAUGAGAAGAUUCUUUGCAUUCUUUUCUUUCAAACUGAAAACUUGGAAUAAAAAGACAAACGGUUGUAAUUCACCUUUUGAAUGUAGAAGGUAAAUGCUGAAACAGUAAAAAGAUAAUAACAUAAAUAAUUCAACCCAUGGCUACUGUGUGUAAGCCACAUAAAUUUUGAUGCAUAAUUGAAGGGAUAAAAACGCAGAAUACAACUACAUACAUGGGUCAGUCAGAAGCUGUUCAGCUGAAGGGGGGAAAUUCCACACUGUUUUCUGCAUUUUAUUGUUUGGAACCAUUCAAGAUAUUACUAUAAAGCAGAAAAAGAGUGGGAAAAAAAUGGAAAAGACUUGACAAUUCCUUACCUUGUGAUUUUAUUUUUCUAACUUGGCUCCACCCUCACUUUAAAUGAUGCGAUGCCCUCUCUUUCCUCCCCAAGUUCACCUUCCCAUAAGCUGAACAUCUCCAAGAGAGAGAGGUUUUUGACAGUUCAAAAGAUGGCCAGAAGCCAAGCUUCAUGUACCCACGCAGCUGAAGACUAUAUUGUUAUGGAGGUAAGCUCAUCCUCCAACUUCUUGUGUUACUCUAUAAGCUCUCCACCACAAAUUAGAGAGUUUGAGUUCCAAAUGUGUUCAGUUUCCCGAGAUGGAGAAACCUCAACUUUCCCUGCUGAUGAGCUCUUCUACAAAGGAAAGCUCCUUCCCCUCCACCUCCCUCCUCGCUUGCAAAUGGUUCAGAAACUACUACAAAGUUCCAACAGUACGUUUGAGAGCAAAACUGAAGCACCCUUUGACGAAAAUUCUGCUGUUCCUUUCGUAACUGGCUCUGCUAUUCCUUCAACUAAUACAAGUACCCCAUUGGAAUCCAGCGGGGUGAGUAGUGAACUAAACCCUGAUGACGGUUUCUUUGAAUGUUCAACUGAACUGAAUGUCUUCAUUGGGAAUAAUUCGAAGAGCUCUUGGUCUACAAAGCUCAAGCAGAUCAAGCAAUCCUCAAUAAGCCAAAAGCUCAAGGUGUCGCGGGCGUAUCUUAAGUCUUUAUUUAGUAAGACUGCCUGUUCAGAUGGGUCUUGUGACAAAGCAGCAUGCAUUGUGGAAGCAGAAAAUGUUUCAAAGGGCAAAGAUUGUGUAAACAAGUACAUGAAAAUGGCAAAGAAGAACUCAUUUGGAAAGAUUGAUAAUGAUAGAUACAAAAUAUCAAGUAUUAUGAAGAGCAUUGACAGGGAGCUGGUUGAGGAUGCUGCAAAUAGCCAUAGGAGGUCCUUUUCAGGGGUAAUUCAACGGCAUUCUGCAACAAAGUCUUCAUCUACAUCAACAUCUUCAUCUGGUUCCUCUUCUUCUUCAUCAUCUUUUUCAUUCAGUUCAAGCGGAUUCUGUGAUUUACAGUCGCUGAAAAGGAGCAGCAGCGCGAAUUCAGAGAUUGAGAAUUCAAUUGAGGGAGCAAUUGCUCACUGUAAGCAGUCUCAGCAGCUAUCUACUUCAAGAAAGACUUAUAGUGAACCUGGCGAUUGUUCACUUUCUGCUUCAAAGAUUUCAGUUAGUAGGGAGCAAGAAAGACCAGGACUUUGUUAGCAUAUGAAGAUGAAAAUACUUUGGAAAACACUGAAAAUCCACUAUAAGAAGCAGAAAGAAAAUGCAAGUUGAUUGAGAUGGUACCCACUUCAUGUUACAUUCUUCGAAUUGAGUGUCAUUUAGAUACUUUGCAUGUUUUUCCACCACUGUUAGACAAGACCAAGUUGUUAAUGUUCCUGUACUACAUUUCUGUGCAAUUUAUCAUUCAAAAUCAAUAAAAAAAAAAAACGUUUCACUAAAAUCACCAGAGCUUUAAAUCUGUAGAUUCUGUAAAACGAGGUGUAUUUUAUAAAAGUUUUUUUUUUUUUCUUUAUAUGAAGCACUUCCCUGAAUUAGGGAUUCUCUAUUACUGUUUCAGCCUUUCAGGCUUUAUCCCUGUUUUCAACAUUCAGGAAGUUAGGAGAUUUGUAUCUGUCCAGAAAAUGAGGACUGCCAUCUUUUUAUCAUUUCUCUUUGAAUCAUUUCAAUGAAUAAAGAUGACUUUAUAAUCUCAAUUCGAUAUUAAAAUCAUUAGGAACAGACUGAUCAUUGACCAGAAGUAAGUUGUAAAAAAAUCAUUGUAUUUUCACUUAAUCUAAACAAGCCAAUAACAGUAAAUGGCCUUUUUU